CUCGUUGCAGGUGUCGGAGAAAGGCCGGACGUCUGCGGUCUCCCUGUUACAGUUGGCCUCAUAUUCAGGUCUGUGCGUCCUGGUGAGGCUGCUGGCGUUUCGCAGCGAUCGGCAGCCGUUCCCCCUCAGCUUAAUGGAAGUCCUCAGAGACCCCCACGUUUUGAAAGUCGGCGUCGGCUGCUAUGAAGACGGGAAGCGCCUGACGCGUGACUACGGCCUGUCCAUGUCGUGUACAGUCGACCUGCGCUACAUCGCCUUAAGACAGAGGCAAACUUCGGUGACUAACGGCCUGAGUCUGAAGUCUCUGGCAGCCGAUCUGUUGAAUGUUUCUCUGGAUAAAUCUCUGGAGCUGCGCUGCAGUGACUGGGAGGCAGAUCAACUGACCAUGGAGCAGGUGAUUCAUGGAGUACAGGCCUCCUCACAUAUCUCAUACGGCUCAUUGUUCACAUCUGUUCAUAAAUCAGUUUUUCAAAAUAUAUAAAAAUCACAAGAAACCUCCAGGUGAUCUUUUUAACAUCGACAUGUAUCCCUUUCCAAAGAGCGUCUCAAACACUACAAAGGGUGAAAAUCCGAUUGGUGCAUCAAAUAAA